AUUUAGAGGAUUUUUCGUUGUAUUUUUCAUAAAAAUUAACAAUCAUCAAUUGACGGCAGUAAGUACUACCCUAAGAACGUGAAAGUUGUUCAGAUUUUAUCCGUUUUCACGACUAUUUCCGCUACGUCCAAUCGUCGUUUGGAAACGUUUUGUAUACGCUUAUAACAUGGCUUCGUUGAAUCGGAUUUUCACUAAGAGAAUUUACAAGUAUGAGGAAAAUGAGCUAACAAGCAGUGGAAGUGAAACCGAAUCUAUCCAGGAUGUAGAGGAUUACGAAAGUGAUGAAUUUAUUCCAUCCAGAAAAUGUAUAGUUCCAUCUGAUGGCAUUGUUUCCGGGCAGAAGCCAAAGAGAGACAUGAAGUUGGAGCGGAAUCCAACUCGUCGACCUAAUCCUAAAAUCUCUAACAGAAACGCACUGCUUGCACGUGAAAACCGUCGUCGCAAAAAGGAACAUGUCGAGAGUCUUGAGAAAGAGCUGGAUAAGUUGAAACAUGUCAACAGAGUUAUUCGAAAAGAGAUGAAAAAGAAGACCAGAGCAGUUGAACAGCUAAUGCGUGAGAAAAAUUAUUUGAAAAAUGUUAUUGCCAACAGAACUGGUAUUAUGAGAGUAUUAGAUGCGAUUCGUGGAUCAGGAUUAAACAUGACAUCUUCUGAUCUGAGCUAUGUGAAAAAUUCUUGCACCCCAGCUAGAAGCAGCAGCGACGAGGGAUUUGCUUCUCCACAUCCGAUGCCAUUGAACGAAUUCAACAAGCACGAUUUAGGUAUGGCCUCCCAGCAAAUAUUCGACGAAGAAUUCAGUUGCUUCCCAGAUGUAGAGGAGCUUCUAUCUACGAUGACAAACGGUCCAGCUGAAUUCAGCAGUGAGCAAGUAAUUAAAACAGAGCAUAACUAUUUUGAGCAAAGUAAUUACGCCUCACCGAGAUCAGGUUCCCCCGGAGCAGAAGAAGGCGGUGGUGUUUGCGUCCAUAUCGUACCCGGUGGCCGCGUUUCGGUAGAGUUUUGCGCUUCAUGUGCGUUAAGCUCACACCGUGCAUGGCUUGAAGACGUUCAGGAUCGAUGAAUCAGGUUUAAGUAGAAUGUCCGUAUCAUGUUAUAUGAUUAUAAGUAACUCUGUUCAUAUCUCAUUCCUUUUUGUUGACGGUAGGAAUUGUUCUUCUAUACUUUCAUUAAAUACAAAAUAGGGAAUCUUUGCUUAGUUUCUAUCAUUUUCAUCAUUUUAUAGAGAGCAAAUCUAAAAUAAAACAAGUUGGAGUAAUGUCAUAGAACUAAAUUUGUAGUAAAAAUGAUCGCUGGAAACCGAAGAUGAAAAUUACUAGUUAAUCUGUGUUGCAAUUUCAGCUUUCGAGGGUUCGAUUCUGGCAAUUUCUAGCAACGGAAAAGGCGACGGAAACCAGCUUUACCGGCAAUUUGCGCAGCUAGUGUCGACGGAUACCAUUAAGACAGCUCGAGAUUCUGCGGCAGCUCGAGUGAAAAGCAUGAUCAGUUAUGGUGCAUCAAGCUUGUCCGCUGUUUUGUAUCGUUCCAAAAUACGGACAUCAGCAAUUAGAUACGGUGGAGUGAAGAAAUGAGAAUGUCUGAACAAUAAUUGAUAUUGCUGCUCUGAUUGGAAGGCCUUUACAUGUUAAGUUGCUGACACAUUUAAAAAAUAACUAGCUUCUAGCGUACUUAAUUCAGUAUUUCAAUAAUACUGAAUCAGAAUAAUAGUACAGACAAUUUAAGCUUUGAUUUUAUCUUUAAUUCAAUCAGCAAGUUGUUAAUCUCUUGAAAUCAUUACUCAUUUCUUCCGGGGAUCACAGUCUAGUUGCUAAAAGUCCUGUGUCUAUCAGUUCACGUUGCUUUCACCCAGUUUUCUGUCAUUGGACUGUUCUUUCAGAGAAUCGGUUCUGUAUCCAUGAGAGAGAGAAUGCCGGUGGGGAACAGGAACAUUGAAUCAUUGCCGAGCCAAAAACCAGCGCUUUUCGAAAACAAUCCAUUGAGAGGUCAGAUUAUGGCAGAAUGAGUUUUGUUAAUAUGUAAGAGUCCGAUUCAGGAUUUUUUAGAGGUAAGCUUAAACUUUAAUUAAAAAUUUACAGUACUAUAAGGAUUCCAAUGAAAAUAAUCUUAA